GUUCACUUUCUCGCUCGCAUCGGAUGAGAACGACGAGGGAUUUUAUUGUUUUGUUUUGGAAUUGAAUUGCUGAUUACCGACAAAAUGAGAGUUCUUCUGAAAAGAUUAAUUUCUGUAACUAAUAUAUCUAUGCAACGGUAUGCAGUGCGAUUAUGUUCCAGUGAUUCUCAAGCUAAAGCAGCUGUAAAGGAUAAACCGGAGGAGCAUGAACCAAAAGAAUCGGAAAAAAUUGAAGUACAAAAAAAAAACGUUGUUGUCGAGAAAUUUGGGCAGAUCACGACACUGAACAUCGACCGCCAGCCAACACGUAACAGCCUGGACAUCGCCACUCUUCAGGAAAUGACAGAAGCCAUAAAUGCUUUUGACAAAGAUCCGGAAGCAAAAGUCUUGGUUUUCAACGGAGAAGGUGGAUCCUUCUGCUCGGGCUUCAACAUGAACGAUAUUGGCACAGUCGGUUACCAUAACCUUAAAGACGCAGCGAUGCGCCUAGAGCGUCGUCCUCUGUGCGACAAGAUCACAAUAGCUGCGGUCUCAGGGUAUGCGGUGGCUGAAGGCUUUGAGCUCGCACUCUCGUGUGACCUGCGUGUUAUUGAGGAUACAGCCAUACUGGGAUGCCUCGGAAGGAGGUUUGGAGUCCCCCAGUCGUUAUUUGGCGCUCGUAAACUGACGUCUCUGAUUGGGCUGUCCCCUGCACUGGAUCUGCUCAUCACUGGCAGACUGAUCACAGGAGUAGACGCUCACCGGCUGGGACUGGCUUGCAAACUCACUUCUACUGGCACAGCUCUAGGCGAAGCAAUAAAGCUAGCCAAAUCUCUAGUAAAGUUCCCUUCAAACGCGAUGGUCAUGGACAAGAUGGCGGCCAUCAACUCUCAGCUGAACCCCAACAGUGAGGAGAGCAUGAGAGACGAGGCUAUCAUGAACAGCUUACUUGGUAACGCCAUCGAAGAUAUGAAGGAAGGAGUCAAGAAGUUUCAAGCAGGUAUAGGCAAACACGGUAAAUUCUACAAGCUAACAGAGGUCGAGCUAAAAGACUGGGAGCUCGAAGAAACUUCAGAUGAAGUCACCAUAAAAAUAAAGCAGAAAGAAAAAGAAGAUAAUAUUAAAUCUUAAUAGUUUCAAGUGUUGUAAAUAUAAGACUGUUUGAUUUAUAAAUAAGGUUGUUUACAAGUGGACAAUAGUAAACCGCUUGGCCAAAGUUGAGCCAAAGGCAUUUGUAUUGUUAAGCUAGUCAUUCUAAUGGUUGAUUUUAAGUAUGUAAAUGUACUAACUGCACUUGUUUAUUAAAAUAUGUUAGCACAAACUUCUAAAACGGA